UAGAUAAGCAGCAGCCGCGUGAGACGGUGUGAUGUAGGGAAUCAGCUGUUGUAUGUUUGUUGAUAUAUUCGGACCGAUUUGGACAAUUCGCCCAAAAGAUUUUGAGGUUCAUGGUUGGUCACAGGUAGAAAGCGAAAUUGCUAUGUGUCGAGGUCAUGUAUAUACUAUAAUGCAUGUGAGCUGAAUGUUGAGUGACAUGUAAACCGAGUAAUACGAUGUCGAAUGUUUCGUGUAUAUCAAAUAUUGUAAGGUUAAACCGUUUGGCUGAGCCGUAUUUUUUAAAUGUUCGGCAGUACAGAUUAGUAACGUCAAAUUACGCAGCCUUUUGGAAGUCAAGGAAAGUCGGAACCUCAUACUGCCAUGUGCAAAAUUUUGAAGGAUGUUGGGAAAAGUACAUGAUUUUUGGUGAAUCCUACAGUGCUUCAAAAAAUGUAAUGGUGCGUGAUAUGACAGUUAUAGAAGAUUUCUUGAAUGAAGAUGAAGAACGAUCAUUGCACGAAGAAGUGGAACCUUAUAUGCGAAGAUUGAGAUACGAGUUUGAUCAUUGGGAUGAUGCCAUCCAUGGUUACAGAGAGACAGAAAGAUUACAUUGGAAUACACAGAAUGCAAGCAUUCUGCAGCGGGUUCGUGACGUAGCAUUUCCUCCAGGAACACCUCAACUAAGUCUUGUGCAUGUACUGGACCUUGCUAAAGAAGGUGUUAUCAAGCCUCACAUUGACAGUGUUCGUUUCUGUGGGAAUACUAUUGCAGGUCUCAGUCUGCUAUCUGAUAGCGUUAUGCGACUAAUCCAUGAGAAGAAUAGAGAACAAGUUGUAGAUAUACUUUUGAAGAGACGUUCUCUUUACAUAAUGAGAAAUACUGCAAGGUAUGAAUUCACCCAUGAAAUUCUUGGAAACGCCCAUUCAAAAUUUGGAGAUCAGAUUAUACCGAGGGGAAGACGUAUAUCAGUGAUAUGCAGAAAUGAACCGGAUACUACCACAGAAACUAAGUAGAAUUUAUAAGCUGUACUCAGUUAACAUUAAUAUGUUAACGUGAAGACUGAAUCCUUUCAAAUGAGUAUUUUAUUGGACUGUCAUGACAUAGUCAUUUAGUUGCAUUACAAAGAGAAGCUAUGUUGUGGAAGUAAGGCUGAGAAUAUUAUAGCACAAAAUAGUUGAGAUAUAGCGAGUGCCUAUGCCGGUCACAGUAGCCAAGUGGUCUAAGGCAUGUACUGUCUUCGCUUGCUCAAAGCCAGGAUCAUGGGUUCGAA